ACAGUGGGCACACGAGCCUGGGCGUAUACUUCCUGGCAGCUCACACUCACAGGGUCCCCUCACUAUAAAGAACCAUUCGCUUAAUUUCCCAGCUCCUAGCCUAGUUGCUGCCUUGCGUCGUGUAGUCGCUAGCACGGUGGUGCCCUGGGUGUCCAAGAUGACCAGUUUGUUUGGAGGAGUGAAGUCCAAGGGUGCAGUGAACGAGCUGCAGGAGGAAGGGAAGAAUGCCAUCAACUCGCCCCUCUCCACCACCUUGCCCGACAUCCGCCCGGAGGACACCUUCCUUGAGGAGAACGAGGAGCGCACCAUGAUCGACGCGCAGUCCAAGAGAGACCCGAAACUGCAGGAGCUGAUUAAGGUGUUGAUAGACUGGAUCAAUGACGUGCUUGCAGAAGACAGGAUAAUCGUCAAGAGCCUCGAGGAUGAUCUUUUUGAUGGGCAGGUUCUUCAGAAGCUCCUGGAGAAACUGUGGAAGCAGAAGCUGAACGUGGCCGAGGUGACGCAGUCAGAGGUGGCGCAGAAGCACAAGCUGCAGACGGUGCUGGAGGCCGUGAGCACCGUGCUGCGGCCGCGCAACUGGAACAUCAAGUGGAACGUGGAGCUGAUUCAUUCCAAAAACCUGGUGGGCAUCCUUCACCUGCUGGUGGCACUCGCCAUACAAUUCCAUGCACCAAUCCGCCUGCCAGAGAACGUGUCUGUCCAGGUCAUCGUUGUACAGAAGAGGGACGGUUGCCUGGCUUCCCACAGAGUAACAGAGGAGAUCACGAGUACCACCGAAGACAUGACUGGAAAAUAUGAGCGCGACGCCUUCGACACGCUCUUCGAUCACGCCCCAGAGAAACUCAACGUCGUUAAGAAGUCGCUCAUCACAUUUGUCAACAAGCAGCUGAACAAGUUGAACCUUGAGGUCACUGACCUGGACUCGCAGUUUGCAGAUGGAGUGUACCUCGUGCUGCUUAUGGGUUUGCUGGAAGAUUACUUUGUGCCGCUGCAUAACUUCUACCUUACUCCGGAGGGCUUCGAGCAGAAGGUGCACAACGUGUCGUUUGCGUUCGAGCUGAUGCAGGACGCGGGACUAAACAAGCCCAAAGCGCGUCCCGAAGAUGUCGUAAACCUGGACCUGAAAUCCACCCUGCGAGUCUUGUACAAUCUCUUCACCAAGUACAAGCACAUGGAGUGAGAUGCCAUGCUGCAGUCUGACCGUGGAAGGCUAGAAUAUGAUACGACAGGACCACUGCGAUUCGGAUCCACUCACCGCUCUCGCAGAACGCAAUGGCCGCUUGCUCGAAUGCAGGAUUCUCAACACAUUUGGUGUUUCUAUGGAUUCGUUGUUGUUGCUGAUGUGUAUCACUCGGGAUGCAAUUAAUGCAUUUUACUACUUGAUUAUUUGUAGGGGUAUUUUUGUUUGUUGUUGUUUGUGUUUACUAAUUUAAAAUGUGCCACAUUCUGUCAGCGCGAUCUACAAUUUAGCAAAUACUGAAAAUUAGUUGACCAUUAGGGCUCUCAUGAGGUAUAUCAGUAUUAUUAAUAUCGUUUAAAAUAUAUCAAGAUCAUGUUUGGGGUUUUAUUCUAGCUUUGUAAGCCCGUGUUGAUGAAGCAUUCUCAUGCCUUGUCAUUCAGUGAUGUGUGAUGGACACAUUUUGGCCAGUAAUUGCAGAGAUCUAACCAAUGUCCCAAGCACGUGCUAUUUUGUAGCUCCACGCUCUAGAUACACAUGGUUUUGGUUCGUGUUGUUAAAUUGUUCUAAAGACGGUGCCGCAUUUGUUGAAAGAUUUGUUACAUGCAAUGAAAUUUGGUGAAAAUACACAAGAUUAGACGUUUUAUACAGGCAUGACUAUGUAUACAUCUUGACUUAAAGCUUUCGUGACUGCAGGAAUUAAUAUUCUUUGGGUCUUUCGGUAAAGCCACGUAGAUAGAAAAAUGAUAAUCAAAAUAAUGAAAACUAAGUUUUUUUUCUUCUACGUGGCUUUACCGAAAGACCCAAAGGAUACUAUGCAUACAAUUUAUAUGAUUGAUACCUAUAUAGUAAUUAUUUCUAAAUAAGGCAUGCAUUUUCUUAUUUUAUGAAAUCUAUGCUGUAAAACAUAAUUUUAAUGUCCCCACAAAAUAUCCACAUUGAAAAAUAAUCCCCAACUUAACAUUUUCCCACAUCGAACAUUUUUUUUGACUGGUCCCCUGAGAAACAAUUGACUGUAUUGGAAAAGAUUGAAUGGUAAUUUCACCUUAUUUAAACGUCUUCCCUGUAUUUCAUCGAGUGGCAUGCACUUGUUUGAUGAUUCCCUUUUACUGCAGUUCAUGUGCAUUCCAUUGGGAGACAAAUGCCCAGUCAUCUCCACUCAGCCAAAGCUGAAUGUUCCUCAUUUUCUCUGAAGGCUCGUCCACGCUUGCGCAAUCAAUUGCGCAACCAAAUCGCUCUCGAAAUCUCCAUUUACAGUUAGCGCCACUUUUUUUAUCGUUAGCUCCACCUACACCGUGUAAGUGAAAUGACCAUCUUUGCGCACGUGGUGAAAUACGUCACUCAAAAAAAUCCGUCUCUACUUGGAGCAACCUGUUGUGCCACUGGCAACUUGCAUGUGACCAAGUUGCGCACUGUCGCUCGGCUGUGGAUGGGCCUUAAGGCACCUUUUGUCCUGUGCGUCAUGCGCUGUGAAGGUUACAGCCAGCACCAGAGUUGCUGUGAGCAGAGGGCCUCUCUCAAUAUGACUGCUUGCAGUCAUGAGACAUUUGUUAAGCUAAAUCUAAAAAACACUAAAUAAGUAAAAAUAAGGUUGAUUACCGUAUAAUUUGCGAAAUCCGCACGCAAUGUACAUUUCCGCCGACCGUCCUGACGCGCGGUUGAAGUUGCACACAGUCACCGGCAUAAAUCAAGAGCCAGUGCAGUGGUGCCACGUGGCAUACGUGUGCUCUGUGGGCCAUUCUGAAAUUGCUAUUUACGUCUGUGAAAUCCCAUUGCUGGCUUUUGAUGAUAUAAUGGGAUGGGAUUUGAGUUGACAAAGAGUUGUGGGAAAUGCCUUGGUUGCAGAUGCUCAGUGACCGCUGCCAGGUGUCUUCGUUUGGAGACAUUGAGUGGAAAUUGCCUUCCUUAUGGAGCUUGCGUUAAAAAUAAAAUUGCACCCCGUUGCCUAGAUGACGUUUUUAAACGCAAUGACAAUGUGCCUUUAAAAAAGUACGGGUCGCUGAGCAUCCACUGCUGCCCGUUUAUCAGGACUUUUGGUGAGAUUUUUUUUUAAACGUUUACAGGUUUAUCCAUGAUUGCCAUAUUUAAGGACGUUGUGCUGCAGGAGUGGCAAUAAAAAAAGAACCAGUGUAUUUAUGCAAACCCCUGCAAUAUUUCUGUUGGAAAAUUAUGCACUAAAAAUAAACAAGUAAUAUGCUAAACACUGCUUGGGUGGUAGGGGCUUGUGAUUGGUGACCCUGAGGAAGACAACAGUAUCAACAUCGCGAAGUCAUUCCAGUGCAGUAUGUGACGUGAUAUGUGCUUAUAGUCUUAACAAUAGUAAUAAAAGUGACUACUUUGGUGUUUGA